AUGUUCUGUGGCACUCGUUAUCUUAGUCACCGUUCCAAGUUCAGAGCUGACAGGGUUCCCAAAAAUCAGAGCUACAAUGUCGACUCUCCCAACGAGAUGGUGGUGGACACGGAUGACUAUGUCGGCAUCGUCAAUGGUCCCGACAAGGAAUCUGUUGCCAUCAUCAACCCAGAUGGCCUCGACCAGAGCGAUUCAGACCAACAGCUGCAGGACCUUCCCUUGGCAAAUGACUACGAGGCUAUGAAGGAACUUGCCCUCACUCCGCUGUUGGACGAACCCAAGGUUCUCCAAGAUGCUUACAACACCUGGUCUGUUGAGAACUGGAGGAGCAUGGGCAAGAGGGAGCAUGGCCCGGUCUUCCAAGCUGGCGGCUACCCAUGGCGAAUCCUUCUCUUUCCACACGGUAACAACACCGACCAAUGCUCCAUUUACUUGGAGCAUGGUUUCGAGCCAGACGCCAUACCCGACGACUGGAGCUGCUGUGUACAAUUCGCUUUGGUGCUCUGGAACCCCAACGACCCGAGCCUAUAUGUCCAUCACGCUGCCAAUCACAGAUUUACCAAGGAGGAAGGUGAUUGGGGCUUCACCCGCUUUGUUGAGCAUAGGAGGAUGUUCAACGUGCCUUGGGAGCACGGCACUCGACCGCUCUGCGAAAAUGAUGCCGCCAACAUCACAGCCUACGUUCGUGUCGUAGAGGACGAGACUGGUGUUCUAUGGCACAACUUCGUCAACUACGACUCAAAGAAAGAAACUGGUUACGUUGGCCUUAAGAAUCAAGGCGCCACUUGCUAUCUAAAUAGUCUUCUUCAGUCAUUGUAUUUCACUAAUGCCUUUCGAAAGGCUGUCUACGAAAUUCCUACAGAAAAUGACGAAAGCAUGCAAAAUUCUGCUUAUACGCUGCAGAGACUCUUCUACCAACUUCAAACCUCUGAUCAGGCCGUCAGUACUAGCGAGCUCACAAAGUCCUUUGGCUGGGAGACCCGCCACAUUUUCGAGCAGCAAGACGUUCAAGAACUCUCCCGGAAACUGAUGGAGCGAAUGGAGGAAAAAAUGAAGGGCACGAUAGCAGAAAACGUGCUUCCUCAAAUGUUCAGCGGCAAAAUCAAGACUUAUAUUUCAUGUAUCAACGUGGAUUACGAGUCGAGUCGGAUCGAGGACUUUUGGGAUAUCCAGCUCAACGUUAGUGGGAACAAGACCCUGCUGGAGAGUUUCCAAGACUACAUCCAGGUUGAAAAAAUGGACGGCGAAAACCAGUACUUUGCCGGAGACGAGCACAAGUUGCAAGAUGCCAACAAAGGUGUCAUCUUUACCAGCUUCCCCGAUGUGCUCCACCUACAACUGAAGCGGUUCGAGUACGAUAUCCAGCGCGACAUGAUGAUGAAAAUCAAUGACCGAUAUGAGUUUCCCGACGUGUUCGACGCUGCUCCGUACCUGAUAGACGACGCCGACAAGUCUGAACCCUGGACAUAUCAGCUUCAUGGAGUACUCGUUCACAGUGGCGACCUUAACGCGGGUCAUUACUAUGCCUUCAUCAAACCCGAAAAGGAUGGCUGGUUCUAUCGCUAUGAUGAUGACAAAGUGACCAGAGCCACUUCCAGAGAAGUAUUGGAAGAGAACUUUGGAGGAGUGUAUAGAACCCCCAACGGGACCCGCGCACCCCUCCAAAAGAAGGCUCCCAUCGUUCGCCAGAAUAGUGCGUACAUGCUAGUUUAUAUUCGCCAAUCGAAGCUGGACAAGAUUCUCUGUCCGGUAGGAAAGAAUGACAUUCCUGAACAUUUGCAGCAACGAUUUGACGAGGAAAACGCCCUGAGAGAGGCUCGGAAACGCGAACAGCGAGAAGCUCACCUUUACAUGAUGGUAAAAGUCAUCACGAAUGACACGUUCCGUUGCUACGGCUCUACCGACUUGUGUACUUUUGAUCCAAACCAAGAAAUUGAAGAAUCCUCGCCUCGGACUUACCGCAUUCGUCGGGCCAUGACCGUGGAAGAAUUCGCAAAUCAGAUUGCAGAGGACAUGGGCCAAGAGGCGCGCAAGAUACGGUUGUGGCUGAUGGUGAAUCGUCAAAACAAGACGAUUCGCCCGGAUCAACCGAUCAUGGACCUGCGCCCGACCGUAGAAGAGGUGUAUAACCGAGCUGCGGCUCACCGUGACUCCAGUCUGCGCAUCUGGGCCGAGGUUGCCGAGGAAUUCGAUGCGGAUGGCGACCCCAUCUGGCCGUCGUACCAGAGCCAAUCGAAUGGCAUGGUCAUCAAAAACGAAACCAUACUCCUCUUUCUGAAGUAUUUCGACAGUGAAGAGCAGAAACUGCGCGGUGUUGGCCAUGUCUAUAUUGGCAAGGAGAAGAAAGUCGAGGAUUUGGUACCCCAUAUUCUGGAGAAGAUGGGAUGGGGCGAGAAACUGCCUGCAGAUGAUAAACUCUUGCUGUGGGAGGAAAUCAAACCUACCAUGAUCGAACCCUUAAAGCCCAAGCAGACAUUGAAGGUGGCUGAGCUACAAGACGGCGACAUUAUUUGCUUCCAACGAUCUUCUGCGCGCCAGGCGGACAAUGUGCAAGGGCAGGACAAACCUAUUCAGGAAACGACACGCUCUUCGGAUCGCUUUGAAGAUGCCCGCGAGUAUUACGAUUUCUUGGAGAACAAGAGAACCGUCAGGUUCCAUCCUCACCCAACCAGAUGUGACCAGGACCAAUAUCCACCCUUUGAUCUUGUGCUCAACUCCAAGAUCAACUAUGACGUCUUGUCUGACCGAAUCGGAAGCUAUUUAAAUGUACCUCCCACCCACAUACGCUUGUGGACUGUCAAUGCUACGACCAAUAACCCGAAAGCGCCUGUUCGACGCGGAACCAAUCCCAGUUUGAAACAAAUCUUAAACCCCAUGGGAUCAGGUGGACUCAACUCGAGUCAAAGAGGCGAUGCUUUCUAUUUCGAGGUGUUGGAAAUGAGCUUGGCGGAGUUGGACACCCGAAAGAACAUCAAGCUUACUUGGUUAAGCGAAGGUAUCACCAAAGAGGACCACUUUGACCUGCUUGUACCCAAAGUUGGCACUGUUGAAGAUGUGAUUCAGGCUCUGAUAAAAAAAGCGCAGAUCCCGGAUGAGCAAGAAGGUGGCAGGAUAAGAGUAUACGAGACAAGUUCAAACAGAUUCUAUCGGGAACCCCGACGUGACCACCCAGUCAUGAACCUCAAUGAAUACACGCAGAUUUAUGCCGAGCGAGUCACGGAAGAGGAAGUGGCCGCCCCGGAAGAGAACUUUAUCCAAGUUUUCCAUUUUCAAAACGAAGUCAACAGGGUGCAUGGUGUUCCGUUCAAGUUUCUAUUGAAGGAGGGCGAGAAAUUUGCCAACACCAAGAAGCGUCUUGAGAAACGCACCGGCUUGAAGGGGAAGAGCUUUGAGAAGAUCAAAUUCGCGGUUGUUCGGAGAGCAAACUACUCGAAGCCACAGUACCUCAACGAUGAUGACGAGCUAUGGAACUUGGCAGCACCGGAGGACGAUUACCUCGGGCUGGACCACAUAGACAGGACCAGAUCGCUGAGAAACGGGGUUGGAGACCUUUUCCUGCGAUAA